AUGGGUGCUGGCGGUUACCUUAUGUCAAGCACUUUACGACCCACCAUCAUGCAGGCUGACGGUCUCGAGUGCCUGUUCCAACUUCGAGGUGCCCGAGCAGAAGAGGAAUGCAUGGCCAUCGAGAUGGUUUACGUGACAGCACCCACCCCACCGGCUCACGUAUUGCUGGCAGCGCAAGUCAACUUCCUUCAGCAAUUCUCGGGAAUCAACAUGGUCAUUUUCUACACGUUCGGCGCGUUCGCAGAGGCCGGUUUGCGCAUAAAGGAAGCGGACAUCUCUAUCCUCAUUGCCACGCUGCAGGUAUCUGCCACCAUGGUCGCUGUGGCGGUAAUGGACAUGGUGACACGGAGGCGCCUGCUGCUCGUGUCGUCGCACGUGUGUGUCUUCUCAUUGAUAGCGAUGGGCGCUGUGUCACACGUGAGCAAGGAGAGCGACGACCGCGAACCCGACAUACUGGAUCGGAUUCCCGUCCUGCUCAUCGCCUUCUACAUUGUAGGUAGGUACGAAAGCUGA